UAACGCUACUUCGCCCACGUCUAAGUCGCACAAGUGACAUUGGCUUAGCCUAUGUAUAGGUGAAAGAUUUUUGAAAGUGAUUUUCUUAUUCCUAUUUAAUUUUAACAAAUAAUCAAAUUUGUCCUCUUAAUAUUAAGUAGAAAUUUAGAUUUUAGAUAUUGGGCACGCUAAAUUCUACAAUGGAAUAUAGAGAAACAAUUUAUUUUCCUAUAAUGAAACAAAUCAAUGUAACGCGUCUAAAUUUAUAAGUUUAUUUAGCUGUUUGUAGUCAAGGUUCUAUGUUGAUAGUAAUGCAAAUUUUUUUAUUCACCAACACAGUUAUAAGUUCGCGUGGCGUUUUGUACAGUAACGGCCAUGCCUCAGCAGCGAUACGACGACGAAAUGGAAUACGUUGAAUAUGAUGGUGUUUUACAGGAAGCUGAACAGAUAAUCAGACAAUGUUUCAAACAAUUCCGGUUAGAAGAGGUGUUCCUAUCGUUCAAUGGCGGCAAAGAUUGCACAGCCUUAUUAGACAUAACGAUUAAUGUACUCACUGAAAAUUAUAGUACCGAAGACGUAAAAAACAAUAUAAAAGUGGUAUAUAUCAGAACAAAACAUCCUUUUAGGGAGAUAGAAGAGUUUGUCGAGGAAAUACAGUCUCACUAUGGGAUAACAUUAACGAUGGUUGAAGGUGAACUGAAGACUACCCUCCAGAAUGUUCUAGAACAGGACGGAACGCUAAAAGCUUGUCUAAUGGGCACAAGAAGAACGGACCCUUACAGCAGUGAUCUGGAGUUUAUGCAGAAAACAGAUUCGAACUGGCCUCAACUGAUUCGUGUGUCACCUAUAUUGAACUGGUCUUACCACCAGAUAUGGAGUUACAUCCUCAAACGGAAAGUGCCUUAUUGCAGUCUCUACGAUAAAGGGUACACAUCAAUAGGCAGUUCCCAUAAUACUUGGCCUAACCCAGCACUAGCGUACAAAGACAGAAAUGGUAUACUCUCGUACUUGCCGGCGUGGCGGUUAUCCGAUGCCGCGUUAGAACGAGCCGGCAGAACACCACCCUCUACCAAAACUACCAAUGGAAUCGUAGCUAAUGGAGAAAACGGACACUGCCACUGUUCUCAUAGUGUUGGUGAUACAUUUUAGUUGGGCAUACAUUCUGUCAAUAUACAGCCAAGGAACUCGAUAAUCUAUAAUUUACACACAAAGUCCAUUAAAAGUUCCUGCUGAAUGAGAUAUGUUUCUAUAAACAGGGAUAAAGCGCAAAAAAAUAAUCGACUUUAUGUGGUAAACCAAAAGUUCCUCCAAGUAUAUAGGGGUAAUUAUACUGUGAUGUUUUUGAACCACUAAAAUUAUAACUUAUCUAUUUAUAAUAAAUUAAAUUGAAAAUUAAUACUAAUUCAAAUAUAAUUUUAUUCAGCUAUUUAAAAUCAAUCAAGUACCUGAUUUGCUUUUCCAUCAAAAGUAAUAAGCAUAUUUUCGAAAAUAGGCUUCAAAUCAUAAUCCUCGAGUCGAAUGGAUGAAAUGUUGUACAAAAUUUACUACUUACUUAUUAAAAACAAGGUACUUACUCUGUAUAAUUUAUUGUCUACUUAAUUGUAAUACUAGUACUUAUUUAUUUGUCUAUAAUUUUGGUUGUAUAAAAACAAUUUUGAUAUUUUUGUUAAAUAUAUAGUUUGUUCCUAGGGUUGUAAGAAAACGAUAUAUAUCGCUAUCCAUAUACCUCUGUAUCGUUUCCACAUAAUACUGCCUAAUGUUAUACGGAGUGGGAUUAGCAACAUGUAUCGUCCCGUACAACAAAACUCGGUAUUAAGCGACAACUAUACAAGAACUGUUGAUUGCGAUACGUAUCGUUUUCUGUUGAUACUCAUACUUUGUAUUUUCCUAUGAACAGACCACACUUGGUCAAUUUACAUAACAUAAGAAAUAAGGAUUGAUGCCGCCUUCUAAAUUUAAUAUGAACAUUGUAAAAAAUACUUUGUAACCCGGCAAGCAAUUUCAGAAGGAGUAUGCAGGCCAAUAGGGAUGACGACUGCGUAAAAAAAAGAAAUUCUAUUUAGUCCGUCAGUCACAUAAUAGAAAAAUAUUAAAUUUUUUUUUUUUACUUCAAUUUAACAAAAAAUAUUUUAGAUAACAGGCAUUCGAGUGUGGGCUCGCUACGUCACAGUUUUGUAGAAAAUGUACAAAAGCGUGACGUCAUGCAACUUUUUACUCAAUGUACCGACAUAAUUUAAUGAUUAUAAUAGAAAAAUGCAAGUAGUUUAGAUUCUAUUGAGCAACAUCAUAACAUUAGCAUAAUAGAGAUGACGACUAUAUUUUGUUUGUUUGUACGUCAGGUCAGGUAAAUUUUCAAUGCCAAGAAUACUUCCUUUAGCACAUCCUAUUCAUUAUUCUAGUUUUAAUGUGUUGUACUGUUGGUCUAUAUAUUGUAGAAACAAUAAUAACAUCUAAAGCACAUUGUGUGUUUAAUUACAUUGUACAUUGUGUGUUUUCACAAACUAAAUGAAAAAAAAAACGACUAAGCUUAAUAUAGCUUUAAAUAAAAAUUACAUAAACUUGAACACCAGUGAAAAUCGCUUAGAUUUCAUUGAUACUAAGCAAUUAAAUGAGCAAUCUCAAAAUAAUUACCACCUAUGUAACUUUAUUUUAGCGUUGCUAUUAUUUAUUAUAGUGUUAAUAUCUUUACUCAAGUUUUCUGUCAUAAUAUAAAAUACACAAUGCAAAAUGUUGUUUCUAUGAAUCAUCAAGUUGCGCUAAGGCACAUCUGAUCGAAAAUCCGUCAAAUCUGACCUUACAGUCAGAUAUAUAACGUUUUUUAAGACGUAUUACUGGAGCUUUCUGUUGCCAGUAUGCAGCACCAACUCGUGUACACUGUCUCAAGAAGGAAGUCCCGCAGCAUAACUCAUAUUCCUUUAUAAUAAAAGCGAAAACAUUGCGAUCCUAGGGACUUCUUUCGUGAGAUGAACUCUAUCAGUUUUUUUAUAAAUGUCGAACGUCAUUCACAGAGUAACAAACAAAGAGUAAAGUAAUAGUGAGCAGAGCAUAAUAGGCUUUUUUUUAAAUUAAGCAUAGUUAAUUAUAACGAGUGUAAUUUUAUCCCAUUCUUCAUUGCUGCAUAUUGGGAUGUAAAAAGGAAGCGAAACAUUCAUUUCCAAAAGACAAAAUGUUCGAAAAUGUAUGUUUGUUUAUUACUUAUGCCAGUGCUGCCAUCUACGCAGAGCUUUGGGGAAUAUUCCUUGAUUGUGAUGAUGACCAUCAACAUCAUCUAAUGACCUUUAUACUUACUUGAAAAAUAUUUAAAUUUUGAUUAAGUUUAGUUAAAUAUACAAAUUUUAGUUUAUAUUAUUAAGAAUUUUUGCGAAAUAUUUAAAUACACUUUACAAUUUAUCAAAACAUUUCGGCACUUUAAUUUUUGUACCAAUGUGUUAGUGAAUAUUUUUGUGAAAUAAAAAAACAUUUGACUC